AUGAAGGUGAUGAUUAGACAAAACAAAAAGGAAAUGGAAGCUUUAUAUAAGCAGAUAGAAACCAUUAACAAAGUCAUUAUUUCUGACCUUAUGUUUACAGAAGCAGAAGAAAAGGUGAAAUAUUCAAACAUUAGACAAAAACUUGGCGAAGAUGUUAUUUUCUGUGGCAGCUAUGUGCUAUACGAAGAAAAAGGAAGAGUCAAGGAUAAAUCCCAGAUUCUUGAAGGAAUGAACAAUUUUCAGAUAACAUCCAAUGUAAAUGUUAGCUGCAAUGACAGUACGUUCCCUAGUCCGGACACAUUUCCAACAUAUGAGACUUCAACAGGCCUGACCAUCUUUUUUGCUUCUUUCAUGAUCUUUAUAACAGUUAUGGACAUCCUUGGAAAUGUGCUAGUGAUUUUGUCAGUUGUGCAAAACAAGAAGUUACUGAACGCUGGUAACCUAUUUGUUAUCAGUCUAUCUAUAGCAGAUCUCAUGGUUGCUCUUCAUCCAUAUCCUUUGCUCAUUACUGCAAUUUUACAAAACCGAUGGACUAUGGGAGAAUUGCAGUGUAAGAUUUUUGUGACAAUUCAAGGCCUCAAUUCUGUCAGUUCCGUUUACAAUAUCAUGGCUAUAGCAAUCAACAGGUAUUGUUGUAUUUGCCAUAGUACAAUAUAUGGAAAGGUGUACACUAUGAAAAAAACUUGUGGCUACAUUUUAUUGACAUGGAUUGUUAGUUUGAUAUUACUUUCACCAGUUACUUUUGUUGGAGCAUUUCAUUAUCACCCACCAGUAUAUUCAUGUGUUUUUAUAUUUACAGUGAAUGCAGUAUUAACCAUCAGUGUUGCAAUUUUCCACUUCAUUAUACCUUUGACAGUUGUGAUAUACUGCUACCUGAGAAUCUGGGUCCUCGUAAUUCAGGUUAAAUAUCGAGUGAAAAAAGACAUGAAUCAGAAGCUGGCACCUGCUGAAGUACAAAACUUCCUUACCAUGUUUGCAGUUUUUGUGUUGUUUGCAGUGUGCUGGGGGCCUAUGAGCAUUCCUGCUUUGAUUGUGAGUUUGAGCCCUCCAGGAAAGGUACCAAAGUUUCCUGAUUCUUUGUUUGUUGUAGGCUUUUUUACUGCAUCAUUCAACAGUUGCCUGAAUGGUAUUGUUUAUGGCAUUUUCAACAAAAAUUUUCGACAGGAAUACAAGCACAUACUUUUGUUAUUAUAUAGUUAUACAAUGGAAAAGAUGAAAACCAAAAAACAAAGCUGA